CGCGUGUAGCAGCAUAUCCCGGAUCUUUCUCCGAAGGCGUCCAUUUCAGCCCGCAUCCUACUAGCAACGCUGCCGACCCCCUGCCUGACUCCCGCCUGCUAGCUCUCCCUUCUACUUGUUUCUCAUUUCCUCUGUUUUACUACUCUUUGUAAGGACUUUGUUGCAGCAUGGCUGCGAUUUACGCCGUGUACACGUCUCCCACUCAUCCGCCUAUACCCAACCAUUUACCUACCUUGAUAGUCACGCCGCAUGGUCAACCUCAGAAUAUCCUGUAUUCGUACCUGCACACAAACUACAACACCGAAAACUAUCUGCUCACUCCGUCUCCGCAAGGCGACCUUUGUGUCGCCAAGCUCUUCCCUCCCCGUCCCGGAGCACCGACCAACACGAAAGCGUCUGCUUCUGACCCUGGUCAUUCGUCUUCAUCUCAUGCCUCUGCAUCACAACCGCGUGUCGUGCGCUGCGAAGCGUCUCGCAAUCUCAAGUGGACCAUAGCCAAUACUGGCGUGAUAUCUCCUAUCUACAAGCUCUCCCUCCCCUCUCCCGACUCGCCCGACCUCCCCUUGUUCCAAAUCAGCAAACCCAACCCCAAUGCUGGAUUCUGGAGCAUGUUCUAUUUUGCAUAUGCUGGUCAUAACAUACCCCCGAAGCGUAUCGAGUUUGGGAAGAUCCAGAAGAACCCGCCCGGGCCUAACGGAGGAGGGACGAGAAUCAGCAUCACUGGCAAGACGCCCGAGGAGAAGGCGGUGUGGCAGACACUUGGCGAAGGCAACGAGGACUGUGUGGAAUGGGUAGUCCUUUGCGCUGCGCUCAACCUGCUCGACGAUGAGAUUAUUAAAGCGGCAGAGAAGUCAGGGGGACCCUCUCCCUCAGCAUCCACGCCCACCCUCCACGGCCGGCAGCCCGUGCCCGUCACCCUCCGUGACCCGGGUGCCCGUCCUCCCCAAGGCCAAGUCCCGCCGAACCAGGGUCCCCCGCCUCCCCAGCAGCAGCGCGGCCCACCAGGCCCCGCGGGCCCCGCACCCCCAGGCGGCUUCCCGGGCCCUGCCCCUGGCGCGAGUAUGCGCGGACCUCCCCCAGGGCCCGGUGGCCCGCCUCCUCCAGGGGGCUUUGGCAGAGGAUACCCGCCGCCAGGACCCAACGGUGCUCCUCCACCAGGCCCUGGCGGAUUCCCUCCGCAAGGAUACGGACCAGGCGCUGGUCAGCCAAGGCCCGGGCCGCCGAUGGGUAUGCCAGGGCCUGGCAUGCCAGCUCCGCAAGGGUUUAGGUCUCCUCCGCCUCCGCAGAUGCGCCAACCCGUUCCUGGUCAAGGCGGCAGAUUCUAAUCGUCAGGCUUGCAGCCUCUGCGUCUGUACAUGAGCAGAUAGCUAGCAGGACUUCAAUUUGCUUUCUAUUGGAGAGCAAGGCAGAACUCUGUUCAGGACUUGAUGACGUCGCCGAGGCUUUCUUGAAUUCCCGGCCUGGCGUCGUGAACCUGAUUGCUCAUUGGGCCUGUAAAUAUAAGAGGAUACGUCCGGUUUCCUUUCAUUUUCCUUUGCACUCCUUUACCCAUGUACAUCAGCUUGGGGGCUUACGCAGCGAUUGUGUGUCAGAAUAGUUUUUCUGUUUUUCCUUUGGCUUCCAUCGUGUUUAGUGGUUGUGAAGCAAUCUAUGUUGACGGCUUCUCAUGGCCAGAACUCUUUAGAGACAAACAGAG